AUUAGCCUAUAAAUAAUAGAUAAUAUCUCAACAUAAUAAAAUAUUUUUUAAUGGAAUAUCGAAUUAUAAAUUAUAAAUAUGUAGUUUUAUUUAAGACCUUAAAUAUAUAAUUAUUUAUAUUUACCCAAAGAGAGCAAAUGCAAGUAAACUAUCUUCAUUAAGAUGUUUUACACCAGAAAUUUUUUGUGACAAGAAAUUUCCGAGAGUAGCAAUAAUACAACUAAAAAAUAAACAAUAUUUUCCUAAAAUAUAAUUUAAAAAUUAAUGUUAAAUUGAUGUUUAUUAUAACAUACCUAGUAAUUGCUUUAGUUUUCACUGGGCUAGUAUAAAGUCGCUCAAAAUAAGCACUGAAAAUGGCCCAAGGUAAAUUAAAAGUAAAAACAAAAUUACCAUCAACAGUAAAAGAAAAAAAUAAAAAUAAGAAGAAUUUCGCUAUUCAACGACGAAAUAAUGCACCUAUUCAGCCUAAAAAGAAGAAAUUUGAAGAAGCACAUAAAUUAAAACAAAUGAUAACAAAAACAGUUAACAAAGCAAUGGAAGAUGAAUUGAGAGAGAAAGCUUUAGAAGGAAAGAAAUCUCUUACAAAAAAAGAUUCAUCUAUCUUAAAAAAGAAUUAGGUUAUUCAAUGUUAAUAUCAAAAAAGAAUAUUUUUUUAAUUUUUAUUAAAAUCAUAAAUAUAUAUCAUAGUAUAGAUAUUUUUAUAUAAUACAACUGUUCUUUAUCAUAUUUAUAGAAAAUAAAAAUAAACGAUACAAAAUAUUAAGUAUAUAUAAAGUUAAUUACUUAACUUAAUAUAAUAUAAUCUAAACUAAUAUAUGUGCAUAAGGAUUCAAAUAACAGGAAAUAUAAAGCAAAAUCAUGUACCUAUUAAAAUUUAAAAUUAUUAUUUUAAUUUAAUUUUAUAUUGUUAUUCCAUAGAAUAAUUCUGAACAUGAAAUCAAUGGCACAAUAACUUAUGGAAUAUAAAUAUAGAAAAAAAA